UUAUUGUCAAAUAAAUUAAAAAAACUGAUAAACUCAAAAAUGAAUCCAUUAAAAAUAACUUAUAUUUUGAUUCUAGUUAAAUUUUGUAUUUCAUUUUAAUGCAAAUAAAAUCAAAUAUAUUCUAUGGUUACUUAAUCAUGCUUAUAAUGCUCUAAUGAGUGUUAGACCUGCUUUAAUACAGAACCAUCUUCCUGCAUAACCUGUAAGUAGAAUUUAUUUAAAAGCUCUAAUGAUGAUUCAGCUUGCGUUCAAAAAUGCUAAAUCAAUGAGUUUUAAAAUGAAAACAACGAGUGUGUAAAAUGCUAAGUUUUUGGAUGUGUUUAAUGCGAUGAAAAUUAAAAAUGCGUUGAAUGCGAUUAAAAUUUAAAGCUUGAUUAAAUUAAUAAUUAGUGUAUACUAAUGGAUAAUGUUUGCUCAUAUUUGAAUGGCUUUAUUUAGGGAACAUCAAAUCUUGAAAAAUGUUAAAAAGAAUGCUAACCAACAUUUUACUAAAAUAUGGAGGCUUAAACUUGUGAAGAGACCAUAAAUUGCAUAUCAAUUCAAGAAAUAGUGGGAAAUGGUUGUACUUUUGCUUUAGUAGACUAAAAUUGGAACAUAAUAAAUGUGUAAGUCUUGUAAAAUUUAGAAAAUUUCAAUGAUUUAUAUGUUGUAAAUGGAUAAGAAAUUUAGAGAAAAAGUUUUAUAGUUGGAGAUUAAGGGGGAUGUUCUGCAGGGAGCUAGUUAAUUGUUGUUAAUUUUAAAACACAAGAAGUAGUUUUUCAAUUGAAUGAUACAAAUCUCGAUUACUCAGUUUAAUAUAUAGAUUAAAAAAACUAAAUUGUUUUUUUAAGUUUGUACUAAGCUGUAACUAUGUCAGAUGUUACUAAUAGCUAAUAAUAGAUUUAUAUUUUUGAUGGUGAGUAAAGAUUUGUAAAUUAAACUAUUGGAUUUGCUAUGAUUUAAGAAUCAGCUUAAGGAUAUCAAAGAGCCCCUCAAAUUAACACUCAAAUUUUAAAACUUUAGCAAAAUGGAAACACUUCAUAAGGAACUUAUCAAUUUAUUUAUAAUAUACCAUUACGUUAUUGA